AUGCAUAGGAAGGAAAUUGCCGUUAUUGAGCGGAAAAUCGAGCGGCUCGAGUGGUCCAACAACGACACCGAGGAGAAGCGUCAAAUCCAAGUCCAGCUGGAAAAGAUGAUUGCGGAGAAACAAUCCAAACCAUCGUAUGCGAACAUCAAGGCAGAGCACGCUGGGUUUCAAGUGAGAUAUAACGAGUUGAAAGACCUGAAAGAACGUGCUGCGGAACGAUAUAAAGUCGACUACAAGAAAUGGCGCGACUUCAGUGAAUGGUCGUUUACAAACGACGACAAUCACCCAGCGGAAAAGAAGAAACGCGACCACGAAAGUAUAAUGAGGAAGAAACAGAAGAUGAUGUAUUUCGGACCUGAUCUGGCGCAGUUCGCGGGUGAAGAUGAUGAAAAUCUUAAAGAUCCUGAGGCCGCGACGACACCGUGUCGUCGACCAACCCGUCCUCCACCUCCCAUCGGUCGCAUUGACGUCGAGGGAGAUAAGGAGAAUCAGGAAGCAAAAUCAAUCUACCCCGGUUCCUUCGCUCAGAUUACAUCGCAUAUCAUCAGCCCCACCAGUCAUCAAGUCGACAUCUCUUACUUCAGUUACUAA